CACAGCUUGUGGUGGUGACUAAACUCUCUCUGCUUCUCUCCCUCUUCUCUCAUUCUGUCUCUCCCUUGCUUCGCCGCCUCAUACACACACACACACACACACCCUAUCUCUCUCUCUCUCUUUCUUCCUUUCAUACACACACCCUCUCUCAGCCACCCUCAUUCCUCCACACCGCUGCAGAUAUGGCUGAAGCUUUCGUUGGCACAUGGAACCUCAAGGAAAGCGUUAACUUUGAUGGUUACAUGAAGGAGCUGGGUGUUGGCAUGGCCACACGUGCAGUUGCUAACCUGACCAAGCCCACCACCAUCAUCCUAGUGGACGGCGACACGGUGACGGUGAAGACCCAGAGCACCAUGAAGAACACAGAGGUCUCCUUCAAGCUGGGAGAGGAGUUUGACGAGACCACUGCCGAUGACAGGAAAGUUAAGUCCACUGUAACGGUAGAUGAUGGGAAGUUGGUGCACGUACAGAAGUGGAAAGGCAAAGAGACCAGUCUGGUCAGGGAAGUCAAUGGAAACUCCCUCGUACUGACGCUUACACUUAAUGAUGUCGUUUGCACACGUAACUACGAGAAGGCAGAGUAAAGCUCGACACUGAAAACUCCCUCCAGCAUCUUCUUGCAUCAACUGAAACCCCGCAGCCCUGAACUUUUUAACACCACUCGAACCCAGCCAAGCAAACCCCUCGUAUGGCUGCUGCAGAACCCCCUCAGUCCUGUCAUACUGUACGCUCAGUAUUAACGUUACUGCUGACUGUGACCUCUCCAUUAUCCCCGUCCUUUUCUUUAUACUGUAUAACACUGAAUGAAUUCCAAUGAUGUGUUGUUGUUUUUUCUCUAAAAAUCCAGUUCUGCACAUUUUCCUUUUUUUAAGAAAAAGUAUUCUGCACGGUGCCUGAUAAACCUGGAAAACUGUUUAAAAUUUAAAGUUUGCCUUUUGAGAUCUGAAAAAUAAAAAUAAAUGUGUCCACAUUGUUGGAUGAACUGGUAUAA